GAAUCGUUUGCCAUUUCGCCUAUUUAUUUAUAACAGAUAAAUAACACACGAUAAGUAAAAAUAUCGGAUCACUUUAAGCCCGGUGAUCGGGUCUGCGAUAGUACUUGCUAUAAGAGAGAGACGGACGGAACGAACGACGUCGUUUGAGAGCGCAGAGAGAGAGAGAGAGAGAAGAUGAGGAGCGAUGGAAGUAGCAGCAGCAGAAAUAAUAGCGCAAGAGUGGAAAGCGUUGUGGUCGAUUGCGGAAGGCACAAAAGCUCUUGUGGCUAUUGCAAAUCCUCUGGUCAGACCAGUAUCUCUCACGGUUUAUGGGCACAUAGCAUUACGGUUUAUGACUACCAAGAUUUUCUUGACCGGGGAUGGAGAAGAUCUGGCUCCUUCUUGUACAAACCUGAGAUGGAAAGAACAUGCUGCCCUGCUUAUACUAUUCGUCUGAGGGCAGCUGAUUUUGUUCAUUCUAAGGAGCAACUUCGAGUGUCUAGACGAUUGCAAAGGUUUUUAGAUGGCACGUUGGAUAUUAAGAAACCAGUCGAGCUAAUGAAGGAUCCAAAUACUUCAAAGGAUUCAUGCAACCGUGCCGACAAUGAAGUUUUAAACUUGUCCACAGAAGAAUCCUUGUUCAAUAACGGUGAAAAGAAGAGUCAAGCAGAACAGAUAUUGCAUUAUUUGUCUGACCAAAUUGACAAUGUGGUACAAACAUGUGUGAAAAGUGGGGUAUUUCCUUUGGAUAUUCAAUUGCCGAAAGCUUCUGUCAAAAAGGUUUUACAGGCCAAAAGGAAGCUACUUGUUGAAGAAUCAGAAGAUCUCCAGUAUACCAGCAAUAUUGCCUUCCAAAUAGCAGCCACCAUAAGGCGUGGACAAUCAUGUGAUAACGACCAGUUAAGACUGUCUAGGCAUUCUGCAGAACAAAAUGAGUUGUCUCCAAAAGCUAUUGCAGAAAAACUGGCAAGUUCUUUAACUCAGCUGGCAGAAACUUCUGGUCUGUUAAUCAAGGCUUGCAAUGGACACAUAAAUUUUUAUUCUUCUAACAAGCAAUCUUCAUCAGAUGGAAGUGUUCAAGUUAAAACAGUUUUGGAAAAAGCUGCAGCAGGUUGUCCAAGUAAAAAGUGUUGUUUAAAGAGAAGCUCUGAACAACCCCCGCCAAAAAAGCGGAGGCUUGAGAUCCGUCUGAAAAGGUCCAGUUUUGAUCCAGAAGAAUUUGCUUUAUAUAAAAAAUAUCAGAUUAAAGUGCAUGAUGAUAAACCAGAUCGUGUCACAAAAAGCUCAUACGAGAGGUUUUUGGUUGACACUCCCUUAGUAUUUGUUCCUCCAACUGGUGAUGGUACUGUUCCUCCUUGUGGCUUUGGUUCUUUCCAUCAGCAAUAUUUGAUUGAUGGCAGGCUAGUUGCUGUUGGUGUAAUAGAUAUCCUCCCUAAAUGUUUGUCAAGUAAAUAUUUGUUCUGGGACCCAGACUUUGCCUUCCUAUCACUAGGAAAGUACUCAGCUCUGCAAGAGAUAGAUUGGGUGAGAGAGAAUCAAAUCCAUUGCCCUAGUCUUAAAUAUUACUAUCUUGGCUAUUAUAUUCAUUCCUGCAGCAAAAUGAGAUAUAAAGCGGCAUAUCACCCGUCUGAGCUUCUCUGCCCUCUUCAGUACCAGUGGAUUUCUUUUGAUAUUGCGAGGCCUUUACUUGAUAAAAAGCCAUAUGUAGUCUUAUCAGAUUUUGCCAAUUUACAAAACGGAGAGUUGUCACCACCUGAUGUGUCUGACAAUGUCAAGGAAGUGCAAUAUGAUGACAUUCACCAAGACUCAAAUGAUCCUUUUAUGUGUGAAGAUGAAGAAAUGAUUGAUCAAAAAUAUGAGAGCGAUAGUGAUGAAUCAGACACAGAAAGCAGUGAUCUGAGAUCUGUUGAAAUUGAAGAUGGUGACAUCGGUAAUAUCCUAAUUGGGCAGGAGGGUUCUUGUUUGAGAUACAAGGAUCUACAACGAGAUUCUGGUUCCAGUGAACUGGAAACCCAAUUGCAUAGGUACAUGAGGCUUGUAGGUGUGGAGCUGUCUGAGCGAAUGGUUUAUUUACCAGGACGAUUUUUCUAAGGCCAUUCCCUUCAAUCUCAUCUCAAAUAUGGGAUGUAUGUUCCUGAAAGGAGUCUCAAUUGGUUCAAUUUGCUGCCCAGUUGUCUGUUGAUCAUAUUGGGAGCUAGAAAGUGUGCUAUUGUGAAAUUUCAUUAUUACCUGGAUUGGAAAUUGUUUUUGUUUGAUCCAUUAUCCAUGCCCAAUAAUGAAGUAAAGAUUCCCAACCAGGUUCAUGUAGCUUGUAAAUUACACCCUUUUUAACUAUGAUUUGUUUUCAACUGUC